AUGGCAGUCCCAACUAAUCCCUACCUCACCGAUUCACACCUCCGUCCCUUCCUUACACCUUCCUUUUCCCCAACCGACUACCUAAACACCCACCUCCCAUAUCUACCCAGUACCACUUCUCCCACUCCUUCCAAGCCCCUACAAUCACAACAAUCCCUCACAUCCCUUGCCUCUCAAACUCAAUCCCACAUUUCCGCCCUCUCCGCCCAACAAACUCGCCUCUCCGCCGUCCUCACAGACCUCACAGACGACAUCCUCCGCACCUCCUCCCGUCUAGCCUACGAAGUCGAACUCCUACGAGGCGAAGCCGUUUCGCUCGCAGAAACACUCUCAGCUCAAUCUCCCCUCAACGAGUCUAUCAAGAAGUUACUGCCCAAUGGCCUCCCUCCUCCGAACCUUUCAAUGCCGGCAGAAAAUGGCGAAGGAAGUAAGAUCGAAGGAGGAGCUCCAUCCUCACAGACUGGCCCCUCAGCAGCAUCACCGACGUUAAACGCACCUCUUAACACCGCAAUGACUUCAGCUACAGGCGUGAAACCCAACCCCAACGAGCCCCCUGCCCUCUCAAACCUCCGGACUCUCCACCAAGUACGCCAACAGCUCCAGCGCGUGAUAUCUCUCUUCAACCUCGCACUCUCGUUUCCGAUCCCGCCGAGCAUGGUGACUUCAUCUAAUCUAGUAUCCAUACAAGCACCCAAUCCCGAUCCGAACGCAGAGAAGAAAGCGCAGGACGAGCUUGGACGGAUAAAGGGGGAAAUCAUUGAUCUUUUACGGGCAGGUGGGGUAGAGGGCAGGGGGAAAGCCGUCAAGAGGGUGGAGGAGCUGAGUGAGGUGUGUGAGUUGUGGAAGGGGACGGGAGAGUAUAAAGCCAGGGUCAAAUGGGUUGAAGGGCUAGAGGCGCUUGUGGGGAUAGGGGCGGAGAAAGAGGGAGAGCAGGGAGGGAAGAGGGUGGAGGAGAAAGAGGUGGAUAGGAGGGAUAUUAGUGUGCCAGGGAAGGGAGAAAGUAGGAGUGGGACGCCUGCCCUCGGCAUAGGAGGCGGAGGGUUCCUGAAACGGUUGAGGGACGAAAUAUAUCUGGAUUCAUCAUGA